CCCACUCACUGUGGGCUGAGCUACCCAACCCCACCUCCUCCUCCACACUGGGGGAACUCCUAGGCAUGUGACUGCUGGAGUUAAGAUGGCAGCUCUAAUUGAACCUUUAGGUCUGGAAAGAGGUAAGAGAUAUUCUGCAUUUUCUGUUGCUAUCUGACCCUGGGCUUGUAACCAGUGGGAGGAGAGGACACAUAAAUGGCUGAUACUGCUCCUUUCUCCUCUGAUCCAUGGCAGCAAUUCUGCUACCCAGGAUUUUUAGCAAUAUCCCUAAUAACCUUGUCUAUUCCCAAAAUCCAGCUCUCUGUGUGAUCUGCAGACAUUACCCAGCCAUUGCCUAUCAGCACCCCCUAUUUUAUUCAUCUACCCCCACUCCUUACAGCUAAUCCAUGUAUUUCACACUUGGUACAUCUCAUAUAUACCUCUAUUCUCAUGUCUGCAUAAACCAUGUUCUAUGCUUUAACCUUUAUGUGCUUAAAUUUCAUUCUCCUGCUUAAUUUGUGUGUGAAUUAAUGAGAUUUUAUUUAAUUUAAGUCUAUCAUGCAUUUUUAUCCCUGCAGUGAGGACCACUUACCCCUUCCUUUCAAGAGAUCUUUUGAGGGGGAAAAAAGGUUUCUAGGGCAUCUCAAGGCUAUUGCUAUUAUGCACCUUCAACUGAGUUAGAAAUCACAUUUUGUUGCAUCACUAAACCUUUUUUAUUUAUCUUGUACCUGGGGGUGCACAAUAAUAAGCAUUUAUCUCAUGCAGUAUAAUCAAAACCCACAGAGAGGGCGCAGGGUGUUAUUAACCCUAUAAUAAACUGUGGCUAUAAUUAAAUUCGCCUCUCAAAAGGUUUUGGCUUUGCUUGUUUGCUAGGAGAUAAACAGUUCUUGGGAGAAAAUGCGUACAAGUAUUUUUUUUCCCCUUUAAAUCUUGUAUAUACAGUUUUCACUAUUUUCUGUAUUAUUAUUAUUUUUCUUAACUUUACACUUUCUGGAUUUGAUUUAUUUUUUUAUUAUUUUUUAUUUUUGAAGGCUGCGUUUGUAUGUUAGUGGACACUUGGGACACUAAACGUUUGUGCAUCUGUCGUGCGUUUUAGACAGAUUCAUCAUUUUACCAUUCACUUUCACUUUAAUUUAAAAAAAUAAAAAUAAAAAAAUAGACCCCGAGGAGAAGAUUUUAUAGCACCGUCAAAUGAAGAAAAUUGAAGUGAAUCAGUAAUUGUUGUAUCUUUUUAAUAAGAAUAUAAAUAGGAAAUAUACCGAAAGAGAAUCGAAAAAUUACAAUAUAAAGACAGAAUUUGAGUCCGCUAAAAACAAAACAUAAGGAGGAUAUCUACGAAUACAUAAUAUCUCCCUAGGUUGGUCACCUAAUGAAAAUGCUACCCAGAGGCCAUUUUGUUUAGAAAUCAACUUCAUCUUGACAGUUUUGCUGCGCAGGUCAAGUCUGCUUCGUCCUCUGCAAUCAUCACCUCUUGGUUUCACUCCAUAAGAAAGAAAUUUAGUGAAUUGAAAUCCAAAUGGCAAACUGAAACCAAAAUAGCCAAGCUGUUACUAUAACAGAGUGCGCGAAUGGUUUCAGAUCUAUUAUUUUUCCUAAAUGCUGCCAUGUGGGUUUUAAUUUGCUGCAACAAACUGCUUAAUUCAGUAAACAACCCUGUCUGUGCGGAGGACAAGUGAGAUCCAGAUAUUUCAUAAUAUUCAUGUAUAACUGUCAUAAAUGUAACAUCACUCAAUGACGAGUGCUAAUCUGUGCAGGGGCUUACAAUUAGCCCCUGUCUCACCACCAACAAGACUUUCCUAAUCCGGCUAUUUUAGCCUUAAAUUUUAAAGGAACACUAUAGUCACCUAAAUUACUUUAGCUAAAUAAAGCAGUUUUAGUGUAUAGAUAAUUUCCCUGCAAUUUCACUGCUCAAUUCUCUGCCAUUUAGGAGUUAAAUCACUUUGUUUCUGUUUAUGCAGCCCUAGCCACACCUCCCCUGGCUAUGAUUGACAGAGCCUGCAUGAAAAAAAAAACUGGUUUCACUUUCAAACAGAUGUAAUUUACCUUAAAUAAUUGUAUCUCAAUCUCUAAAUUGAACUUUAAUCACAUACAGGAGGCUCUUGCAGGGUCUAGCAAGCUAUUAACAUAGCAGGGGAUAAGAAAAUCUUAAUUAACCAGAACUUGCAAUAAAGAAAGCCUAAAUAGGGCUCUCUUUACAGGAAGUGUUUAUGGAAGGCUGUGCAAGUCACAUACAGGGAGGUGUGACUAUGGUUCAUAAACAAAGGGAUUUAACUCCUAAAUGGCAGAGGAUUGAGGCUGCAGGGGCAUGUUCUAUACACCAAAACUGCUUCAUUAAGCUAAAGUUGUUCAGGUGACUAUAGUGUCCCUUUAAAUCCUCUUCGAAUACUCAAUUGUUCACACCUUAGUUAAUCACCCUUAUAUCAUUCUAGGUGGUUGCUUAAUACCAGGCCCUACAAAACUUAAUAUAAAAAUAGAUACACCGUGUGUAUGAGCCACAUAGAAAAGCACUGAGAUACUUUAAGAGAACAUGCCAAGCACCGUAACUACUACAGACUGGUUAUGCUGCUAUGAGUGCCCUGGCGCUCUCCCACAGUAAGUAGUCAAGGUAUUUUACAAUGGUCUGACAACAUACUUUGGGUCUGCCUGGCACCGGCUGCUGCCACAUCUGUAUUCGAAGGCUCCUGCACUGAGCAAUGCCAGGUGGUUGAGGGCUUCACUUAUUGGUAAGAGCACUCGGCAAAUGCCAGUUUUGUGAAUAGGGAAUCACUGAUUGGCUGAGAGCGUCAGUUGACCGCUAUAAGCCAAUCAGCGUCGCCCUUGCCCAGCGGCACUCCGAGAACGGUUUAACCCAGGGCUCGACAAAUCCCAGGUCGCCAUGGCGACCAGGAAAUUUGUCCUGGAACCUUGGAUUUGUGAGCCUGUUUAUUUGUGAGCAGAGGCGGGCAGUUGGAUCACGGAGGGCUGAGGCAGGCUGCUGACUGAGGGAGGCGGCCGGCCGGCUCAUUGAGACGUAAGGAAGGGAGACCGGCAGCUCAUGGAGAGCUGUGUCACUCCGGCCUCCGGCUCACUAAAUAGUGCACGAGAGUGAGCUGAGUACGGAGAUGACAGCAGUAUCACUGGACCCCUGGGAAAGCCUAUCCACUCAAGCUCUCCAGAAGUAAGGAGCCUGGGUGGAUUUAAAUAAAGUAAUUACUUGUGAGUGAGUGUGUCUGUGAGUCUGUUUGUGUGUGUAUGUGUGUCUGUAUGUCAGUGAGUGAGUGUGUCUGUAGGUCUGUGAGUGUUUGUGUGUGUGUGUGUGUGUGUGUGUCUGUAUGUCUGUGAGUGUGUGUGUGCGAGCCUGUGUCUGUCUGUUGGUCUGUGAGUGUGUUUGUGUGUAUGUCUAUGUAUGUGUGUCUGUCUGUGGGUGUGGGUGUGUCUGUAUGUCUGAGUGUGUGUGUCUGUAUGUCUGUAUGUCUGUGAGUGUGUGUCUGUAUGUCUUUGAGUGUGUGUCUGUAUGUCUGUGAGUAUUUUUACUCACCUUUUUUCCCCACGCCGUGCUGAUGACACUGCGGCUAGCCCCACCUCAAUGGCUGAGAUUAUCAUGGCUUGACGAUCUCAGCCAAUCCAAUGCUCCCCAUAGGAAAUCAUUGGAAGGCUAUUGCGCAUGCACGGGAAAAUGCCACUGCGCCAAUUUAACUUCUCAUAAAGGUGCAUUGAAUCAAUGCAUCUCUGUAGGGAACAUUAACGUAGGUGCUGAACAUUGUGAACCACUGACCCAGGAAGCACCUCUAGAGGCCUUCUGAGUGACUGUCACUAGAGGUGUUACCAGGCAGCAAUGUACUUUUGUCUGAAAAGUCAGUAUUUACAUUGAAAAGCGUUCAGGGACAGGAUAUAGGCUUAAGAACAACUGCAUUAAGCAGUAGUGGUUCUGGUGACUAUAAUGUCCCUUUAAGAAUUGUAUUUUUGGCGUUGAUUUAUCUGGCUCCUAACUUUUUUAGCUGGCUCCUAGAUUCCAAGCAAAUUUGUCAAUCCCUGGUUUAACCCAUUGAGGUAAGAUAAGUUGUUUUGGUGCCUGGUGUGUCCCUUUAAUAAAAACAAAUACAUUCAAAAACAUGUGAAUUGUGUUGAUCUUACACCUAAAGUGCAACAUAUAUGUCAAAUGAGUCUAGCUGGGAAAAAUGUUGAGUAAAUAUUUUUUCCAAGUGCAUUUUUUCGCCUGAAUUAAAGUGCUCUGUUAGCUAGUGAAGUCUCCUGACGGGGAUAUUACUGUUUGGGGUAAAGCAGAGGGAAGUUGUACUCAGCUCUUGCUGUGUCCCUGCAGACACCGCCAUCUUUAUUCUUCGGCUCCUGACAUUUUAUCCACACGUUACAGAUGACAAGAUUGAUGUCUACAGAGGAUCCCACAGGAGCCUUUAAUAGAUAUGUCACGAUGAGCAGGGUCUUCCUUACGUCUUGUCUCAGUUAUAUCCUGUAUGUAAAUUACUUGCUGUCAGACAUCUCCAUUUUAUAAUUGUAAAGUGCUGCGGGAUGUGUUGACGCUAUGUAAAUAAUAAUAAUAACAAUAAGUGAUGGCUCUGGAAAGUGAUGAAAUUUCACGUUGACAGAGCGGUUAAAAACCCUUUAUACGCUUAACUCUUUCCAGCGUUACCUCUUUGCUAUGGGGGAUUCAAAGACGCUUUGCAUGAGAACGUUCAGCUUCAUUUCGUAGAGUUAAACUCUGUAUAAAUUCAGGAAGAACCUGCAGUGGCUGUCUGAGAGACUGUCACUAGAGAAAGUAUUAACCCCGCAAGAUCAACAUUCCAAUGUCUCUGAAACAGCAGUCUUUUAAAUUACAGAGUUACGUGGACAGGGACACUGCACCCAGAACACUUCAAUGAGAUGCAGUGGUCUAGGUGCCUAUAGUGUCCUUUUAAAUGCUACAAGGCACAUCAUAAGUGCUUCUCCAAUCCUUUGGUCCGCAAGGCGUGCAUCCGCAAGGCGUGCUCAGGUGCAGCGCGUCCCUGCAUGGCUGGCCUGAGUGCCACUCUCACCUCCUUCCUACGUGUCCGCGGUCCCCUCCGGCAUUCGGUGUGACGCCGGCCACUGUAAAUUGGGAUCCGCCUUUUACGGCCCAGGCAGUUAAAUGUUGCAAACAUGUGUGCAUCAUCACACAGAUGCACUUUCUGGCAUCAGAUGACAGCUACUAACCAGUAACUCCUAUGGCUAUAUAAGGUUUAUGUGUUUUCGUUUUUUUCUGUGUGCCCUGUCAUGGGUACCCGAGAGCUGGUUAUAUUUAUUGAUUCUCUGUAUUUUGACCCCGGUUUGUACCUAGACUAUUCUAGUUUCUGUAUCCCUUGAUAUCUGGCUUGUCUUAACAUUUACAUACUCUCUGACCUAGGCCUGUUCUGUACUAUUCUAUAUUAUUAGCGUUAAAUCCGGCCAUUCGAAAGCCUGACUUUAGUAUUCUGAUUAUAUUUUAUUUUCUUACCUUAAGUUCUGCGUGUCGGGUAUUAGUUAAAUACUGACAAAGCCACAGACACUGUUUUUAAGUUUUCUACCCUAAUUACAAUAAAAGUGUAGACACCUGGCAGCCAGUGCAGGGAUCUGGUGGUUUGUUGUAUUUUGUAGUGCAUCCUAAACCCGGAUGAGUAGGCUGCCCUCCAUGCUCCGCAUGGUCUACUCUAGUAGUACAACAGACUGAAACAGGGAAGUGACAUCACAUUCCUGCCCCAUUGAAUGAUUCAUGUAUUAACCUGGCUCACUCAGCAAAUAUGAAGAGAAUGCCAACAGCAAAGGAUAUAAAUACGGGUAAUAAUUUCUGCUGUCUUAUUUCCCUUACAUGUAAUGAAGAGUUCGAAGGGUGGCAAAAUAUUUUAAUGCAUUUUUUGGGUUAGCUCUCUUUAAUGGGUCCCUGGUGGAUCGGGGGCAGCACUUGUCCUGGAUCGGCAGUAGCACUGCUUUUUGUGAAAUUUUAAUAUAGAUAAGAUUAUACCUUAAGUCAAAGUAGUCCCCACUUUGUUUUACGAUAUCUUUUGACAGGAUCUUUAUGAGCAUUUCAUGAAGAUUUUAUCGCCAUUGUAUGCUCAAAAUGUUUUAGUUUUAUUUAUUUUUUGGUGGGAUGUGAAAGGGCCGCUUAUAAUGUCAGGUUUACAAACGUGUAUUCCCGACGUUAUAGUUUUAAACGUUUUUAGGUGCCCGGUCCAUCUCUUCUCUUGAUUUUACUCACCUUUUUUCCAGUGCGGCAUUGGUCCUGCCACGGCUUGGUUCCCUCCUCUCCACUACCUUGUGUGAGAUCAUCAAAUUUGACAAUCUCAGCCCCUCCAAUGCUUUUCCAUAGUAAUUGCGCUGCGCCAAUCAGCAUCUCCUCAUGAAGAAUCAAUGCAUCUCUAUGUGGAGUGUUCAGUGUCUUCGUGCAGAGCGUGGAGACACUGAUUGCCAGUGCUGCACACUGUGCAGCACUGACACAAGAAUCACCUCUAGUGGCCUUCUAAGUGUCUCCCACCAGAGAUAUUACUAGGCAGCAAAGUAAACACUGCAUUUUCUAAUAAAUGGCAUUGUUUCCUUUAAAAAGCCUUCAGGGACAGGCUGAAAACACCACAGAACUUUAAUUGGUACACUGGGACAGGAUUACGAAAUCAAUUGCUUUGCUAUGUGAAGCAUUUGAAUGCACAUGUGGCGCUCACCCUAGAUCAAAGGCGUGUAUUCGGCCAGCAAUGUGCUCCACCAAUUAAAUGAACAUUAGCUGUGAGAGCCAACAUUGAUUUGGUUCCCAUUGCAAAAGCACUUUUAGUGGCUGUCAGUAGACAGCCGCUAGAUUCGUAUUUAACCCUCCAGUAAGCAAUGCUGUAUCAUUGCUGGGCUAUGCACCCGGACCACUUCAUUGAGAUAUUCAUUGACAUGAAAUGGUCUGCUUGCCUUUAGUAGUUUUUUAAGUUGUAGUGGCUCUGGUGCUUAGAGCAUUAAUUAAUUAAAUAUUACAUGUCCUCUGCUGACUGCCCUGAUUUAACAUGAAAGAGCAAUUGCCACUUCAUAAAAUUUUCUAUAUCCCAAUAGCUUACUAAAAUUUGUGUAGUACGUAAGAAUGCUCACAUUUAAUUAGUUGAUUCCCCUCCAGUAGAGUAUAAAUAAUACACAUGUAGGGCAGCUAUUUUGCUGAACUUUCACAUGAAUAAGUAAUUUAUAGUGUUAUGUGAAACGAUCUAACUGAAAAUAGGUGGUUUAUACCUUAAAUUUAUACGCCUGUUUGCACAUGGUCCUGACAUUUUCUACAACCAACUUUUCAUGUUGCAACCACUUAACUCCUUGUCCCCUUAUUGUACAGCGCUGUGUGGAACAUGUUAUUGCUUUAUUAGUAAUAAUAAUAAUAAGUGGAAGCUGACAGACAAAUAAAAUAAAGAACGGCAUAGGCCUUCCUUUAUCAGUCUUUGAAUAAACAUAUGUAUUGUAUAAAUACUCUUCCACUCGCCACAUGUCCGCAGCCCCCACAGGCAUUAGGUGUGACGUCCGCCACUGUGAGUUGGGACCCUUUUAUGGCCCCGCCUACCUGGUUCAGUUAACUGAUGUGAAAGUACACGUCAUCACAUUACAUGUCAGCUACUAACCAGUAACAGCUCUCCUAGGGCUAUAUGAGCUUGUUUUUUUUCUCUGUGCCCUGUUUACCUCUGUGGACCCCGAGAGCUUGCUAUAUUGAUUGAUUCUCUGUAUUUUGACCCCUGCUUGUACCUUGACUAUUCUGCUUUCUGUAUUCCUUAAUAUCAUGUAGACAGUCAAUUAAAAUAAAGAAUGUCAUAGGCCUAUGUCAGUCUUUGAGUAAACAUAUGUUUUGUAUUAAUACUCUUCCUCUUGCCUGUUAGGUGGCCUGAUGGGUAUAAUUACACAUUGGUGGUAAAUCCGAAGGGACUCUGCUUUACUAUCAAUGUUCCAGUCUACAUUUACAUAGUAUACAUACUUUCUUUUUCAAUAAUUCAUGACCCCUAGAUGUGUCUCGUGCCAUUGAGUUGCUGGAGCGGCUGCAGCGAAGCGGAGAAGUGCCGCCUCAGAAACUUCAAGCUCUCCAGCGAGUUCUACAAAGCAAGUUCUGCUCUGCCAUACGGGAGGUGAGUACCUACUUUAUAGUCUCCAUGUCCCUGGACCACAAGGAAAAAAAACACCAGAAUCACUAUCUUUGUGGCUAAUGAGAGAAAGCUAGUGGGGCUGGGUACGUCAAAGAUAACACUUUGCUAGGCUUGGGACCAUUAACCACUUCCUUUAUCAGCUCGGGAAGAUCUAUGGUGUAGAUAAGAUCCUGUUUACCUUGUGGUGAUUCUAUCCAUGAUAGCCAGCAGCGAAGAGUGAAUUGCAAAAUGAGAUUUACCUAUAUGUUUUUUUUAACAUUUCUAUAUUUAUUGUACAUUACCAAACUUUGUUGCCUCUGCAGUGAGCUCUUCCCAUACCAGCCAAUCAUUAUGCUCGCAACAUGCUUUCUAUAGCAGUGAUGAGUUUAUCUAAUAAAACCAGUGCAGAGCAGUGCAUUAUAGGUAAAGCAGAGGUUGCUGGGAGUUGUUCAUAUGUCAAUGUUCUGCUAUAGAAUGCUGGCAGCCACUAGAGGUGCUUCCAGGAGUUUACUGGAUUUUAGGGUCUCUAGGUAAUGCUGGAAGUCCACACCCUCUGCAUGAGGACAUCCAGUGUCAGUAAAAUCCCCAUAGGAAAGCAUUGAGUCAGUGCUUUCCUAUGUGGAGGGCCUAAUCCACUUGCCGCUCUUUCCACACGUGCUUAGGGUCCCUCUGUCUAUAUUUAUUGUACAUUACCAAACUUUGUUGCCUCUGCAGUGAGCUCUUCCCAUACCAGCCAAUCAUUAUGCUCGCAACAUGCUUUCUAUAGCAGUGAUGAGUUUAUCUAAUAAAACCAGUGCAGAGCAGUGCAUUAUAGGUAAAGCAGAGGUUGCUGGGAGUUGUUCAUAUGUCAAUGUUCUGCUAUAGAAUGCUGGCAGCCACUAGAGGUGCUUCCAGGAGUUUACUGGAUUUUAGGGUCUCUAGGUAAUGCUGGAAGUCCACACCCUCUGCAUGAGGACAUCCAGUGUCAGUAAAAUCCCCAUAGGAAAGCAUUGAGUCAGUGCUUUCCUAUGUGGAGGGCCUAAUCCACUUGCCGCUCUUUCCACACGUGCUUAGGGUCCCUCUGUCGGAUGACAUUGUGGGAGGUGAAGCACCGACCCAACGCCAAUGGAGAUCAGUGCUGGAAUCGGGUGAGUAAAUUAAGGGUUUUGGGGGUUGUGGGGGAAGGGCGCAAGGGAGGUGGGACCAGAGGGUCCUAUAGUGUUAGGAAUACAGAUUUUUGUACAUAACACUAUGGAAUCCUUUUAAAGUUUAUUAAAAACUAUAAUGUUAAAAACCCUUAUCACACUUACCUGAUGAAGCACUGAGGUCCCUCAGGCGCUGGGUCGGACUUCUCCUCAGUCAUCAACCAAUGGGGAAACCUUUGUGUGCCCAUUAGGUCUUCCCUGUAGGAAACCACUGAAUCAGUCCUUUCCAAUCGGGAUUUAGAAGACUCUGGACGUCCUCAAGAAAAUCAAACUCUGUGAAAGGCCAGGAAGUGCCUCUGGUGGCUGUCUGGUAGACAGCUACUAGAGGCAGGUUUAAAGCAACACUGUACUCAGUAUAACAACUUUAUCUAGAUAAAGUUGUUAUAGUGCCAACAGUUGUUCCCUCCUCCCUAGUGGCCCUAAAUUUUAAUAUCUUGCUAAUUAGAAUGCUUGAAAGUGCGGCUUCAAGUCACGCCUCCAAGCCCUCCGGGACUGUGCUUCUUGGCUGUCAUACCGUAACGUAACGUGAUGUCACGCAUGUAUGCACAGUGCUGUCAUAGUCUUCCAUAGAGAAUAAUUACAUGCAAUGAUUCUGUAUGAUGGAAUCGUAGGCACAUUGCGGUAAGCGCCACGCAUGUGCCUACAGUCCUCAAUGAUGAGCAUUGGAUUGAGCAUGCAUCCAGAAUGAUAUCACGCUAGGAGGAACCCGCAACAGCACUGAGGGAGACUCAACGCUGGAAAAAAGUGAGCAAAUUCUUUUUUAAAAGUUUUAAUGUUGUUUUGUUUUUGUUUUGUCAUAUUUUUUUGCAAGUUGAGGGCAGCACUAAUAUUAAGUAGGGACAUGGUAUGUAUUCCUAACCCUGCAGUGUAAAACUGCAAUGUUUGCAGUCACAGGGCUAAAAUAAGAGGGGCCACUGCAUCUAGACUAAUUCAAUGAGAUUACAUGGUCCGGGUGCCGAUAGUGUCCCUUUAAUGUACAAAAAGCUAAUAGAUUUCACAAAGCCAGCCUGCAUUCUGGACCACUUGGUCAUUGCCAAAUGGAUCCAUUGCUCAAAUGUUCAACAGCCCUGAGUACUGCAAGUUUUCUGAUACCUGUUGCUGGUUGGACUGAUAAACUUCACCAAUUUGUCAUUUUUAUUUUGCCAAUCGUCCUAUCUUCUGUGUGCCAGAUAAAUGAUGAAAAUAAAGACUGUUUUAAAAAAGGGACGACAUAAAUGCAGACUUUUACAAUAUUCAUAUAAGACACCACAUACAGGGAGACAGACAAAGGGUAACUCUGUUAAAGACAUUUAGGUUGUUAUACACAUAUACACUGUGAUAUAUUUAUAUCUGUGUAAAUAGAAUGUUCAUAGGUUGUAUUCUCCCUCUACCCUUCCUUGAUUCGUGAUUGCAGGUAUAUGAGCAGCUGUACGAUACUUUGGACAUCACAGGAAGUGCAGAAAUAAGGGCUCACGCAACUGCCAGGGUAAGAGAUCGGCAGAUCAAAAGACAUAAAUGUAUUCUUACAUAUAGAGAGCAAUGUGAUAAUAAAACUAAUAAUGUGAUUAUAAAAAUAAUAAUAAUGUAAUUAAAGGGACACUGUAGUAACCAAAAACACUACAGCUUAAUGUAGUGGCACUGGUGUCUAUUGCCUGGGUUGUUACUGUGAACACUGCCUUCUCAUAGAUGCCCAACCACUCAUAGCAAGAGAACGACAGGUUAUUUAAACGUUAAGCAGUUUGCAUUCCCUCCAGGCUACUGUUGCAGCGUUUGCAGCCAGUGAAGGACAUGCUCAUCCAAGAGUUGUGGAGCUGCCAAAAACCGAUGAGGGUCUGGGGUUCAACAUCAUGGGAGGAAAAGAGCAAAAUUCCCCAAUAUACAUUUCACGCAUCAUUCCUGGAGGAGUGGCAGACCGUCACGGAGGACUUAAGCGUGGGGAUCAGCUUCUCUCUGUCAAUGGGGUGGUGAGUCACUCCGUUUUCCAAGCGUUACAGUAUUUGUGCAGAUGAGAGUAACAGGAAAGUGUAUCUCUGCUGGUAACAAAAUUAACAAAUUCAGGUUACACAGAAAAAGACUUACCCUAAAGCUGAUUUUUAGUGUUUAAAAAGCAAAUGGGUGAUGUUUAAUCCACACAUUGUCUGACGGGCAAUGCCACAAUGUAUAUGGUCUUCUGGAAUACCAACUGUCAUGCCUAGAAUGCCCAUUAGGAUGGGUGGCUGAAAUGCACACGUAUACUGACAUUCCACAAAUACACUGCUGCAUUCACACACUGAUCCUACACACCAAUGCUCACCUUCAGUGACACACGCACACUUUGUCACUCCAAGCAAACACUUGUUAAAAUCUGACACUUUACAUAAAUACAGCCCUUCAUUCACACAUACCUCGCUGCAUUGGGACACUUACACUCAUACACACACUCCUGCGUUCAUACAAUGAUCCUCCACACAUGUACACAAACUAACACUCCAGACAAAUACAAUCCUGCAAUUACAAACACUACAGUGCAAAAUUAAUGCCUACCAUUAAGUUCAUUACUACAUUAAGACAAAAAUAAAAUAAAAUAAAUGUUUUAAAUUAAUUUUUUAUUAACCAAUAAUUUUUCAUUUGUGUAGUCUAAAGGCAGUUUAAAAGGCCUGUCCCUGGUACCCGGUUUUCCUCCUAGUAGUUUUCUUCUAUGUUCCUUCCAUUCUACUUGGCUAGAAUAACCAUGAUAACGUGUACAUUUACAGUAAGAGUAGCAGGAAGAGGAUGGCUCAAACCUUUCUGCGAUAUGGCCUUCCUUUCCAGUUGGGGGAAGAUAUAGCCCACAAUAUAUUGUUUCUAAUGGACUUUGACUACAGUAAUAUGAAAAUUUGAGUCCCACUACAACUUAUUUUUAAAUAUUGUUUAUGUAUGCUAAUACAGUAUAAUCUCCCACAAUGCAGAGUGUGGAAGGAGAGCAGCAUGAAAAAGCAGUUGAACUCCUUAAAGCGGCACAGGGAACAGUGAAGCUGGUCGUACGUUACACCCCGAAGGUUCUAGAGGAGAUGGAAGCAAGGUUUGAGAAGAUGCGAACUGCACGCCGUCGACAGCAGCAGAACAGCUACACGUAAGGAAAUAAAGCUUGUAUUCUUUGUUGAUUUCACAUAGUGAGGUAUCUCAUUAAUAUAAAUUGGUUUACUAAGAGAGAGAGUGUCAGGUUGUUAAAUACAGGGUGGGGGGUAACCACACAUAGAAAGGCUAAACAUGAAUAUGAAGGGGAAGUAGUGCUAAGAAACAGUAUCAACUCUAAACAAACCCUUCAUUAAAGAAAGCAACAAAAAUAAAGUAAAACUUAACUUUUAUCGAAAUCUAUUAAUUAAAUAAAGUAAGACUAAACUAGAUAGGCUAUAACGUUUCAAGACUAAAAUCUUAGUGGGAUAAUAAAUCCAAUGUCAGAUCCUCUGUGAAAUCGAAGCUUAGGUAUUAGAUAUAUAGUAACUUCUUAACCAUAUCUUGUUGGCGAGAAGAGAGCAUUCAAAUGUAACUUCUAACUGACCCAUACACAAAGACUGAGCCACACACUCACAGACUGAGCCACACACUCACAGACUGACCCAUACACACACACAGAUCACACACACUGACUCACACUUACCAGCAGCUGCCUGGGUGCCUCAUUCCCCCCAGGCAAUGCUGAGCUUCCUCUCCCUGUCUCUCCCCUGCGCUCCUCUCUGUGACCCAGCAUGAAGUUCCUGCCAGCACAGCGCCCCCUUUGGCCGCACGGUGGAAUUCUUCAAAGAAUUCCACCCACCUCUGUGCACUGAUGCUGCAGCUUGUGUAGGGAGACUUAUUGCUCCUUGUUUUAAUUUCAAUUGGGAGGAUACAAGGUGGGACACUGCCUGAUGUAGGGGGGCCAUGACCUCCUCUGUCCCACCUAGUGACUCCUCUGCCAACAGCUCUUCUUCAAACGCAACAGCUGAACAUAGCAGAAGUUGAUAUGAGCUUUAGGACACCUUUUUCUUUUUUUAUUUAUAUUCUUUAUUUAAAAGACAGGAAACGUUGUAUUACAAAUUUCCUGAGCACAUAAGACGCUUAUACAAAUUCCUGUAGUAAAAAUGAGAACAGUGAAAUAAAGCAAAUCCAAUAUGACUGGAGCUUAUACAACAGACAAUAAAACAUGCACCCCUAUGGUGUGAGUAAUUGCAAUCUUUGUAUCAUCGUAUGUACCUGUCAUUACUGUUACACAUUGGUAGGUGUAACUUAUUCCAGGAGAGCGUAUCAGGAACAGCUCUGAAAAGAGCUAAGUGAUUAGAGUUCAGGGGAGUAUACAAAGUAUAGCAAUCCCCAGUGUGAUUAUAGCAGUUCCCCUCCAAUCACUAGACAAGACUACGUGUUGAGGGUCAAACAGGAACAGAAUGCACUGAGGCUUUAUUGCUUCUUUUAUGCAGGUUUUCCCCCAAGGUUACCACCCACGUGGACCUUGUGGGAUACAGGACAUGCAGUUACAAUAGCCAAUCAAAACAUUACAGUACAGUCAGACACUCCCAGCCAAGACACAUAAACCCUCCCCUCUGCCUGUAAUAUGAUUACUAAACACAAUGGUCUAACUUAAAUAUCACACGCAGGAAAAUAUACAGUUUUACACAAUAUUCAUACCUUCCAAACCAUACAUGCAAUUCACAUAAGUUACAUAUUCUGAACCAGCAUAAGCAGUAUACAAACAUAUUCAAACAUCAUACUAUUUGGUCCAGUGGUUCAAAAGAUAGGUGGGAGUCCUAUUUGACCGACCGCAAGCAUGGCUUUCCUGCCCAAAAGAGUUCCAUAGAUUUGGGCUGUGCGUCGGUCUAUUUUUACAUAGAAAACGACUAAGUCCCAUUCGAAUGCACGAAUGGCGCCGUUCAUGCAAAUAGCCCAGUUUAACAUGGCGUUUGAAUCGUCGAACGCACUUCGAUUUCCGUUGAAGUGGAGGAGAAUGUAAGGUUCAGUGGUGUUCGUGCCGUUGUGUAGCCAUUUUUAAUUCCAUGAGUUCGACAGCAAAACACAGCUGACCUUGUUCGACUAAACAAGAUGGUCGCCGCCACGUAUUCGACUAUACGAACGGCAGCCACCCAGUGUUCGACAAUUAACCUGCAGUUAACCACCAGCCUGGAAGGUAAAUUGGCGGCACACUCAACUUGUGUGUGGUCCGCCUGUUCGGUAAGUCCCAUUUACCAAACCAUAUGGGAAAAGGACACGAACAAAGUAUUUUCACAGUCUUAAAGGGACGUGGUUCCAAAAAGUCUUAAUAUGCCCAUAUACUGUUUUUAAAGGGCCAUACACCCCAGGGCCAUAGUCACAGGGCAAGAAACUGGCACGUAGGCCUCUCCAGGACAAAGUGGCGAAGGGCACUUUGUCACAGUAAGAUACAGAGCCUGUCUUGCAAAUGAAAGCAGGAGAUCCCAUAGUAAUUAUUUAUAGUAUAGAGAGGGAAAAAGAGGGGGGGUGGACAGGGGUACCACAAGUUACCAAAUCGGAACCUCUCUCAUGACUUAUACCAUAGUAAGGUCACCACUCCUCCCACCUGGCCCAAACCAUCCUAUAUGUGGCCACCCCGCUCCUCACUGCUGCUGUGAGCUGAUCCAUUAGUUUAUUAUUGUCUAUCGUGGAUUUGACAAUGGAACGCCCUGCUUUUUCCAGUUGGCAGACAGUGCUCUUGCAGAAGCCAAAGUGUCUGCUCAUGUCUGGUUAACUCUUCCACUGAACUAAACAAGAGAAAGGACCAUGGGUCCAUCUCCAUCGGUCUUGAACAACGUAUCCAGUAGCCCUUUGAUCUGACACCAAAACCUCACCCACUAUGGGACAUUCCCACCACAUGUGGACAUACUUGAGCCCACAACCCCUUCACCACAAAUCAUCUGGCAGAACUGCUUUUUAAUUACAUCUCACCCCCAACAUUUGUUAUUUUCUUAAAGUCAUCAUCCUGUUCAUGCUAUUAUUGCAUUUUCUUUCUGAGCCAUCCUCCUGCUUGCAUACUAUCCAUAUCACUGCAGAGGAGCCUCUUCCACCAUAGCUCCAUUGUAUUCUUGGCUGAUGUAAUAGCCAAUACAUGUAUUGAUUAACAGAUAAGCAUUGAUGAAUAUCACUUCCAUCAGAAAUGGAGAGAGCAGCAGCAGAUGACAAGUCCACAUGCUUUGUAAACAGCCCCCCAAACACCCACAUGGUGUGAGGAGCACUGGGGUAAAGUCCAGCUGGGAAGCUUUUCUAAACACAAUUGCACUGUGCUUUGCUGCUGAGAUGACACACACCCUUUACAGGUAGACAUGUGACCCGUGUCUCUGAUUCUGUCAUGGAUAUGUCCACCCGCCUGCACUUUGUCCCCCUCUUCUGAUUGGCGCCCUGCUAAACUUGGCAGAUCUAAACUGCAUUGAGUCACCCUAUUCCCAAGUAAAGCUGUUUGCUUCUCAAAGCUUUCAGCAGGGCCUACUACGAAGAAUCACAUGCACUGCAUCUCAGCUACAUACACAGAUUCUUGUGGAAGAUAUAUUUGUUUUUUCCACUAUAAAUUCUGGAAUAAAAAGCAUAAUUAUUAAAAAAUGUCUGUCUAACAAAAUGCUUUAUAAGCCCUUGCCUGUAAAGUAGCUCAGAACAUUUUUUUCAUGGUUGGUGUAGUUUAAAUAUAUAUUUAUCUUUAGCUAUUAAGCCCCCUUUUGCUACCUUGCAUCUCUUAAAUCUCCUAUCUCCUCUGUUGGGACAAGAAGGGUGGGGGAUAUGACGCUCACAGCAAGCCAAGAGCUGCUUUCUCAGAUCUGGUAUAGGAUAAUAAUGCACCUCUAGCAUUGCCUCGCUACACAGAAUGAUACGUAAGAGGUGGGUUUUCCCCUCUCGCCUCCCAUUUGGGGACGGACAACUGCCUCCCCCAAUGGAACCCCACUUAUUCCUACUUCGGUAUAGUUACUGUUACACCUUUGUUAUUUUAGCUUCAGUUUUACCAUUUGGAUUGAACUCACUAAAACUCACAAUUUUCUUGUAAUGUUACAUACACUAUUGUAACAUUGCAUCCAAAGAAUUUAACUGUUAACCUUCACAUUCUAAUCAUGAAAUACAUUCUUUACUAUAUGGAAACAGAGAUCCCCCCCAGGAAUUUGCUUCAGAGAUUUUAGUAAAUAUGGUGGAUGCUGGUAUUCAACUAUAUAGACACGUGUGGAAGGUAAAAUCUUGUUACCUUUCAUACAAUUAGACAUGGCUUACUAGGGAAGAGUACAACUCGUAGCGUACCACUCUUAGUUGGUGUCCUUUGUUCCUUCCACCCGCAGCCCUUUUCUCGUCUGUACUUUCAUAUAAAAGUUGAAAAUGAUGGUUGCUGCAUUUUACAGUUUUGUCCCCGAAAUGUUAACAGGAUUAUUCACCAAAGUGAGAAGUCAAGGUGAAAGUAAAGUAAAUUCAAAUUUAAGGCUAUGGUAUCCGAACUAGAAGCAUAGUUUUAUUUAAUUUUUCUAGUUUGGCUAUUUUGGUUUUAGAUUUGAAAUUCACUUUGAAUUCUAACUUUAGUGAAUUAUACUGCAGAUGUUAAUUCUUUCCUGUAAAUACAAUGUAUUUUUUUAAUUUGCUUUCUUUUUAAUUGGCAGAUCUCUUGAAUCUCGAGGAUGAUGAGUCUCACUGAUGACUGGGACCAAGAAGGUUCUCCUGCUGCAGACCCUUUGUAUUUAUUGACACAAACUGUUCCCAUCUCUCUGAUCUGUGUACAGUAUUUAUUUCAGUUGUCUCUCUGUAUGGUGCACUGCAGCUAUGUGUGAGGAAAUAUCUCAGCGGCUUCUAGGCAAAAUAUCACGCUACUCCUGAAACACACCAAAAUAAUACAAAUGAGCUAUUUGUCUGUCUAUGCACCCAUUCAUAUUUCCAUACCUCUCUCUGCCUCCCCAUCUCUCUCUAUUUCUACUUUGACCCCUCUAUCCAUCAUUCUCACAGAGUUAUUCAGUAAAGUGGAGAUUGCCUUGAAUUUAAAGUGAAUUUUAAAAUCUAGGCCAAAACAGACAAAUGAUUACAAUUCUACAAGUCAAUUCAGAUUUCAGUUUGGCUAUUUUGGCCUUCUGUUUACAAUUCACUUUGAAUUCCUGGAAAUUAUCAGUUUAGUGAAUAGCCCUCCUAAGGCCACCUCCUCUACCUAUCUGUGUGUCUCCUUGUUCAUCCGCCUAUCUCUAUAUUGCUUUCAAAUAUUAUCUGUUCGUUGCGUUUGCUUAUUUAGUCCAUGAUGCCUUGGGAAUAUACCAUAUAUCAUACAAAGGAAAGCCAGAAACUAAAUGAGGUUAAUAUUAUAGACGUUACGGAUGUAUAUAAGCUCUUCUGAAAUUCUGGAUACCUGUUACCUAUACAGUAUGUAAACCUUUGGAUACCGGCAUACUAUACAUGUAUGUAAAACCCAGUCCUGAUUGUGAGAGUGAUUUUGUACUAUGUAUUUCUGUGUAUAUCUUGUUGAUCAUAUUAUGGUUGGUACACUUAAUUUUGUUCUUUGUAUAAAGAGCUGUAUAGUUUAAAGGGUCACUCUAAGCACUAUAACCAGUACAGUAAGUGCGAGUGAUUAUGGUGCUCUUUGAAGUUGGUAGCACACUUUAUGUUUUAUCUUGGUAUGACAACAUUUUUAAGAGACCUGUAGACCGGUAACGUUUGACAUAAAGCACUGUAUCAUCUGUGUUUUAGCAUAAUAAAACCCUUUAUGAUAAUCUGGUGA